GAAAUUCUAAUUCAAAUUAGUAAAAAUAAAAAUUUCAUUUAUUCGAUUAUAAAUGCCUCGGCUCUUCUGCGUCGGUUCAGUAGCAUUCUUAUUUUGAUAUCCGUAACAACUCGAUGAGAGAACACAGCGCUUAGAAUAUGAAAGCAUUAAUUAUUUUAUUUAUACUGGCAGCUUUCGAUAGUUACACUGUGAGUACCGCACGCGAAGCUAUAGAACAAAUCGAAAUGCUCUGCAUGUUUGAAACGAAUGUGACCGAAUCGGAGUUAAGAAAAUUUCUUACUAAUGGUAUAAAAGCCAGUGAAGCUAAUCUGAAGUUAAAGUGUAUGAUGAAGUGUAUGAUGGAGAAGCAGGGUAUGUUCAAUAACGGUGUUUAUAACGCUACAAGAGCCAUUCAAGAAAUGACGAGCUUACCAGAAAUGAAAGGACGAGAAGACGAUAUCAAAAAAUCAGUUAAUGGUUGUAAAACUGAGAAGGGCGUCAAUGAAUGUGACACCGCUUUCAAGAUUACCAUGUGUCUACUGGAAUUUAAAUCGCGUAAACACUCAUCUUAAACACAUAUUUUUAUUUUAAACUAAGAAACUUUUGGGUAUAUAUUUUCUUGAGGUGUUGGUGAUAAUUGUAAAAAG